AUGAGCCUCACGGUCGAAGGACCUCAGCCGACAGCUGCUAUCGAACGCAUCACACCCAUGGUCGACGUUGAAAAGAAUGGUCAUGCCGACGUUAUUGCACCCUCCGAUGGUAGUGAGGUGCGAGACGACGACAGGUCCGAAGAAUUCCAGCAAGGUGUCGAGCGUGUGCGAGCUAUCACGGCCAUAUGGAGCAAAACUACUCUCAUCAGCAUGUUUAUCCUACUUUACCUCAUUCACUUUGUCGACAUGUUCCAGAACUACGUCGACACGGCCCUCAAUCCCUACAUAACCUCGUCCUUCGAUAAACAUGGACUGCUCAAUGUCGGCAGCGUUAUCUCUACCGCCUUGGGAGGCUGCAUUCCUCUCGCGACAGCCAAGGCUAUCGAUAUCUGGGGACGUGUGGAGGGUUUCGUAUUCAUGCUUAUAAUCGCCGUCGUUGGCAUGAUCAUGAAAGCUGUCUGUCAGAACAUGGAGACGUACAUCGCAGCCCAUGUGUUGUACUGGACCGGUCACAUAGGGGUCAUUUAUGUGGUUGAUGUUAUGUGCGCUGACAUGACAUCUCUCAAGAAUCGUAUGAUAAUCUUUGGAAUUAACGGUACCCCACGCAUCGUCGCUACUUUCACUGCUCCGCGCGUCGCAGCGGCCUUCCUACAAUACGUCAAUUUUCGAUGGGCAUUCGGUGCUUUCGCGAUCAUCCUGGUUGCCUGCAGUCUGCCAGCCAUGGGUGUCAUGGUUUUCAUGUACCGAAAGGCUCGCCAGGCCGGUUUGGCUCGGAGGCAACGGUCCGGCCGCAAUGUGUUCCAGUCACUUGCUUACUACUUCAUUGAAUUUGACAUUUUUGGCAUCUUGCUUCUGAUGUUCGCGUUCUGCCUUUUCAUGCUCCCAUUCACCCUCAAUAAUUACGCGCCCAACGGAUGGAAGACCGGUUACAUCAUCGCCAUGGUCGUACUAGGCAUCCUCCUGUUUCCCACCUUCGUUGUGUAUGAACGAUACGUGGCACCUGUCCCAUUCCUACCGUGGAAGUACCUCAAGGACCCUACCAUCGUAGGAUCUUGCGUCUUGUAUGGUGUCAUGUUCCUGUCGGUAUUCUGUUGGAACGGAUACUACGGCACAUACUUACAAGUCGUCCACCGUCUGUCCAUCGAGAACGCCAACUACAUCCUGAAUGCCUUCUCGCUCACCUCAUCAGUCUUUGGGCCCUUUAUUGGAUGGCUUAUUAGUGGUACUGGUAACUUCAAAUGGAUUGCGAUGACCGGUGUACCAAUAACUCUCCUGGGCACUGCAUUGCUCAUCCCACUGCGUUCGCCAGAUACAAAUCCUGGUGUUCUCGCGUUCAUGCAAAUACUCGUCGGUCUCGGCACGGGUAUCUUUGCGACAUGCGGUCAGCUAGCUGUCAUGGCACCCGUUACCCACCAGCAGAUUGCCGUGGUAAAUGCCCUUUGGGGUCUUUUUGGCGGCUUCGGCUCUUCGAUUGGGUUUUCCAUCUCGGGUGCCCUGUGGACUAGUACUCUACCACAGCAACUAUACAGCCGCCUGCCAGAAGGAUCUAAGAACCGCACCGCGGAGAUCUUUGGCGACAUCUUGGUACAGAUGAGCUUCGCUGAUGGCACGCCUGAGCGCGAUGCUGUUGUUGGUGCCUUUGCCCAUACCGAGCGUCUCAUGGUCAUCGCUGGUUCUUGCUUUAUUCCGCUAUGCAUCGCGUCUAUCUGGUUCUGGAAGAACAUUAACGUGAAGAGGGUAGAAGAAGAGCGUGGCAAGCAGACCAAGGGCAUGGUAUUCUAA